AUGCACAUCUGUGCCCAGCAGCAGCCAGCCCUUGCCCAGGAGGUGGGCAACGCAGAGGAGAGACUGGCUGAGCUUGAGCAAGCAUCGCAGGCACUGCUGGCUGAGCUCUCAGCCCUGGAGACUGAGUGUGAGGUGGAGAGGACCUGCCGGCAGCGAGCCGAAGCCUAUGCAGCACAGGUGAAGCAGGAGAACCGGCAGCUGAAGCGGCUCAGCCUGGCCCCCACCGACCCCCUGCUCCUACCCACGGCGGUGACCCCCGAGGAGGACCUGGACCCUGCCCAGCACUACGGACAGCAGCUCCGGGAUCUGCAGGAGAAGAUCUCCUGGCUGCUGGCACAGCGGAAGGACCUCACAGUCCAGGUCCAGGAGCUGCAGAGGCACAACCAGGACCUGCAGGACCAGCUGGAGAAGGGGCAGGAAGAGCAGCAGCGGCUGCUGGCAGCCCUGGGCACCAGCCAGAGGGCACUGAAGUCCUUCAAGAGAGUGUCCCAGAUUGUCACCCAGGACUACUGUGAGGCCAUGCAGCAGCUGGAGCUGGAGCAGGACCUGCGCCUGCACGCCGAAGCCUUCGCCCACGAGAUGCUGGUACAGAAGCAGGAGGCCAACAGGCAGAGCACCAUCCUGCUGCAGAGCGCGGGGCCCAGCGCCCAGCUGCUGGCAGCUCUGCAGGAGGUGGGACACCUCAGCCAGGCACUGGAGAAGGCCAGGCAGGAGCAGCAGCAGCAGGUGAAGGAGCUGGAGGAGCAGCUGAGGAUGCGACCGGAGCAGGAGGAGCUGGAUUUGGCCCAAGCUGCCCUGGCUGCAGCAGAGGCUGAGAAGCUGCAGCUGAAGAAGCAGCUGCAGGAGGCUGGGAAGCGGCUGCUGGGGCUGGAGGAGGAAGCCGUGCCCACACCACCCCCUCCACCACCUCUGCCACCACCCACGCCUGCUGUCCCUGUGGAGUAA